AUGCUUUUCAUUUUGCUCAUCGUCUGUGGUGUCACUGUAGCCACCAACAACACUAAUUUGGAGUUGAUAUUCGGUUACGAUUGUAAUCCUUUGGUUCAAUGCAAUGAACACUAUUCCGUAGCGACUUUUGCCAAGGUCAACUGGUUCGAGGCCCAUUACAUUUGCAACAGCGUCGGUGCCGUCCUAGCCACUGUGAACAAUCCGGAUCAACAUUUGCUGAUGCUUCAGCGGGUCAAUCGUAGUAAUUAUGUCUUGGGCGAUAAGCGCUUCUGGUUGGGCGCCACGAAUCUGGUGGAAGACGACACCUCAUGGACCUGGCUGAGCAGUGGGCUACCCAUGACGUACAGUCUCUGGGCUGAGAAGGAGCCGCCGUCGGAUGAGAAUGCUAGCGAUGCUUGCCUUAUGCUGGGCCUAGACACAAUGUGGCAUGCGGCACCCUGCAAUCAGAAGUUCAAUUUCAUAUGCGAGAACAUUUGUCUGUUGAACGACACUACCAUCAACAAUCAAAUAUAUGUUUAGGACUUUUUUUGAAUGCCAAAAGUACAA